AAAAAAGUGACAGAUGACAAGUGGCUUUUCCUCCAAACAUUACAUAUUUUCCCAUCGUUUCAGCGCUUCGAUCAUGUUGAUUUCGCAGUGAAAUCGCGUCACGUAGCCGCAGAAAAUGUCCGAUUCCGAAGCAAGCAACUACUCGGACAACGAGAACGCCUCGGAGGCGGGUUCGGUGCGAUCGCGCAGCUCCAGGGGCAGCGUCCGCUCCCGCAGCCCUUCCCGAUCCAGAUCGAGGACGCCGUCGAAGAGCCGCUCCCGCAGCCUGUCGAGGGGCUCGCGGAUGUCGCGCUCCCGCUCCAGAUCGGCCUCCCGGUCGCGGUCCCGCUCGCCCAGGAGCCGUCGGGGUUCCGAGGCUCGAGAAGCGUCCGGUCCGGAGGACGUGGCCGAUGAAGAGGAGCCCGACGGGGAAAGCCUGCAUUCCGACGAAUACGACAGCGAAGAAGACGAAAGCGACGAUGGCGGUCGAUUAAAGAAGAGGAAGAAGAAUAAGGAGAAAUACGGAGGUUUCAUCAUAGAUGAAGCCGAAGUAGACGAUGAAGUCGAAGAUGAAGACGAAUACGAGGACGGUUUCCAGGAAUACGGAAUCGUUCCCAACGAAGUGGACGAGUUCGGUCCGACUGCCAGAGAAAUCGAAGGUCGCAGACGUGGAACCAAUCUAUGGGACGCACAAAAGGAAUCUGAGAUCGAGGAGUAUUUAAAGCGAAAGUACGCCGACGAUGGGGCCGUUAUCAAACGAUUCGGCGACGGGGGCGAGGAAAUGUCCGACGAGAUCACCCAGCAAACGCUUCUACCCGGCGUCAAGGAUCCGAACUUGUGGAUGGUGAAAUGUCGAAUAGGCGAAGAGAAAUCCACCUGUUUGUUGUUGAUGCGCAAAUUCCUGGCCUACCAGAAUUCCAACGAGCCGUUGCAGAUCAAAUCGGUGGUCGCGCCCGAAGGGGUCAAAGGUUACAUCUACAUCGAGGCCUACAAGCAGCCCCACGUGAAGGCGGCCAUCACGAACGUGGGCAAUUUGAAAGUGGGCAUUUGGAAGCAACAAAUGGUGCCCAUCAAGGAGAUGACCGACGUCCUGCGAGUGGUGAAAGAACAAACGGGAUUGAAAUCGAAGCAAUGGGUUCGUUUGAAGCGGGGUUUGUACAAAGACGAUAUCGCUCAAGUGGAUUACUUCGAUAUGGCUCAGAACCAAGUGCACUUGAAGAUCCUGCCGAGGAUCGAUUACACUCGAUUGAGGGGUGCGCUCAGAACGGCGCAAUCGGAAUCCGAGGCGGAGAAGCGGAAGAAGAAGCGCCGGCCGCCCAGCAAGCCGUUCGAUCCCGAAGCCAUUCGAUCGAUCGGUGGCGAGGUGACGUCGGACGGGGAUUUUCUGAUAUUCGAGGGCAACCGGUACUCGCGCAAGGGCUUCCUCUACAAGAAUUUCACCCUGAGCGCCGUCAUCAUCGACGGCGUGAAGCCGACGCUGGCCGAAUUGGAGCGAUUCGAGGAGCAACCCGAAGGCAUCGAUUUGGAAUUGUCGGCCGAAAAGGAGGAGAAAUCCGUCACGCAUUCGUUCAGCGCCGGCGAUAACGUCGAAGUCUACGAGGGGGAAUUGAUUAAUUUGCAAGGUAGAAUAAUAAGUAUCGAUGGUCAUCUCAUAACGGUGAUGCCGAAACACGAAGAUUUGAAGGAUCCGUUGGUGUUUCAAGCGAACGAAUUGAAGAAGUUCUUCAAGACCGGCGAUCACGUGAAAGUUUUGUCAGGUAGAUACGAGGGCGAUACGGGCCUGGUGGUCCGUGUGGAGAACAAUCGCGUCGUUUUGAUAUCGGAUCUGACGAUGCACGAGAUGGAAAUAUUGCCGAAAGAUUUGCAACUGUGCACCGAUAUGGCCAGCGGCGUCGAUUCCUUGGGUAAAUUCGAAUGGGGCGAUUUGGUGAAUUUGGACGCCGAAACCGUCGGCGUCAUUAUACGCUUGGAGCGGGAGAAUUUUCACGUUUUGAAUAUGCACGGUAAAGUGGUGGAAUGCAGGCCCAGCUCGUUGCAGAAGCGACGCAUCAACAAAUACUUGGCCGCCUUGGAUUCCUACAGGAACAAUUUGCAUCGAAGGGAUAUGGUGAAAGUCAUAGACGGGCCGCAUUCCGGAUUUUCCGGCGAAAUUAAACACCUCUACAGAAACGUGGCGUUCCUCUACUCGGUGGAAUUCCUCCAAAACGGCGGCAUAUUCGUCUGCAAAACGAAGCACCUCCAAUUGGCAGGGGGCAACAAGAACGUCCCGUCGGCGGACAUCACCGUCGGCAUGGAGUACAUGUCGCCGCGACGCAGCUCGCCCAUGCACCCGUCGAGCGGCGGCUUCGGCGGCGGUUUCGGCGGCGGCAACCGAGGCGGUGGAGGCGGCGGCGGAGGCGGAGGCGGUAGAGGCAGGGUGGUGAGAGACCGGGACAUCAUCGGCACCACCAUCAAGAUCACCAGGGGGCCGUACAAGGGCAAUAUCGGGAUCGUGAAGGACGCCACGCAUGCUACGGCUAGAAUCGAAUUGCAUACUUGUUGUCAGACGAUUUCUGUCGAUAGGAAUCAUAUUAGCGAUGCCGGUACAACCGGUACGAGAGACGGCAGCGUAUCGAGCUACGGACGAACGCCGGCGUACGCGGGCAACCAGACGCCUUUGUACAGGGACGCCGGCAGCAAGACGCCCAUGUGCGAUUCCGGUUCCAGGACGCCGUUGCAUUACGGUUCGAUGACGCCCGUCCACGACGGUUCUCGAACGCCCAACGCCAGCUCCGAAUGGGAUCCGGCCGUCUCUAAUACGUAUCCGUCGCCGGCGUACAAUCCGAGCACGCCGGGCGGCUACCAAGUCAACGGGCCCUACACGCCCCAAACGCCGGGCACGAUGUACGACGCCUCCUACAGCCCCUACCAGGCGUCGCCGGGCUACCAGAGCGCCAUAUCGACGCCGAGCCCGGGCGCCGGCUACGGCCAAUCGCCGGCCUCGAACCAGAAUCCCUACGGCACGCCGAGCUCCGGCUACAGCCCGAACAUGCCGUACAAUCCGCAAACGCCGGGCGCCGGGCUCGACGUGUUGCCGAUGACCGAUUGGCAUACGGUGGAUAUCGAAGUGAGGAUCCGGGAUAGUCACGACGAUCCGGGGCUGGUGGGACAGACGGGGGUUAUUAGGAGUAUUUCGGGGGCUAUGUGUACGGUGUUCCUGCCGGCGGAGGAUCGCGUGGUGAAUAUCAUGUCGCAUCAUUUGGAUCCGGUGAGGCCGCAGAGGGGGGAUUUGUUUAAGGUGAUUAUAGGGGAAGAACGCGAACAAACGGGCGAAUUGCUAUCGAUCGAUCUACACGAGGGCGUCGUGAAAUUCAAAAACGACAUAACUAUGUUGCCUUUGCAGAAUUUGUGCAAAAUGAGACCGCCGGAUUUGCGUAAUUAGUUAUCUUUUUCUUUAUUUUUAUUUUUUCGUAUGUAUAAUUUUUAUUCGUACACGUUUGAAGGUUUCUGAAAUAGCAUUUAAUUAAAAAAAAUGUUUAAUUAAACAGUUGGUAGAAAUAAAUACUUAUAUAUAUAUAUAAUAAGUAAUUAUAUCCGUUUGUUUUUCUUGCGUUAUUCGUGUAGUGCUAAAGUGACCUCAUCGAGAAAGAAACGAAAAUGCCGUUUAAAUAAAAUCAUUUAAAUUCCUACAAACUUUGUUAUCACUUAAGUAAUACAAAAAUAACAAUAUCGACUCGUCAAGUUUAUCAAAAAAAAAAGUUUCUUCGCAACAAACUCGGAGUGGGGGCCACUUUAGCAACCGCCCCUAUUAUUCCUCGUCCCCUUCGCCCGCCGAAUUUUCCUUCUCGUCCUUCUCAUCAUCGCUGUAAAUCUGUCCCUCGUCCUGUUCCUCAUCAUCAUCACCGGCCACUUCCGCGUUUUCUAACUCGGCCCGUUCCAUUUGCUUCACCAAUUCCGCUUCGUCCGUGGCAGUCACCACUUUAG